AUGUCCAACAAAAUUCAAUGCAAUAAGUCAAUACUAAAACAAAAUGAAGAAACAGAAAGUCUACAUGAACUAUUACCGAAAUUCUGGAACAUUGAAGAGAUUCCAAAUAAAACAUGCCUUACUAAAACAGAAAAGGCCUGUGAACAACAUUUUGUAUCCAAUACCACUCGAUUGUCAAGUGGAAGGUUUUGUGUUCAACUUCCACUCAUUGAUACACCAGAUUGUUUAGGUGAUUCCUACACCAUGGCUAAGCAGCGAUUUCUAAAUUUAGAAAAGCGUUUUAGGAGAAAUCCGCAGAUCAAAGAACAAUACGUCGAAUUUAUUCGCGAAUAUGCUGCGCUUGGUCAUUUAGAAUUUCUUGCUAUAACUACACCACCUGAACUUUCCUAUUUUUUGUGUCAUCAUGCUGUAUUCAAAGAGACAAGCGAGUCAACGAAAAUUAGAGUCGUCUAUGACGGAUCUGCCCCUACCCCUUCAGGCUACGCGCUCAAUGACAUUCUGAUGGUGGGGCCAAAUAUCCAGGAUUCACUCUUUGCUAUUCUAAUUCGAGCCAGACAAUAUAAAUUUUUACUAACAGCUGACAUCGAAAAAAUGUAUCGGCAAAUUGCAUUACAUGACGAUAAUCAAAAUCUCCAAUUAAUUUUAUGGCGAGAACAUGAAUCGGAACCAAUUAAAAUAUUGCGUCUAAAAACCGUAACGUACGGUCUAGCAAGUUCAAGUUUCUUAAGCACACGUUGUCUUUGGCAAUUAGGACACGAGUGUACAGACAAAUCAAUCGAAACAAUAAUUAAAAAUGAUUUCUAUGUCGAUGAUCUCAUUACCGGAGCUAACACCGAGGACGAACUGAUAUAUAUUCAAAAUUCGGUAUCUAAUACUCUUAAGUCUGGAUGCUUCAACCUUCGGAAAUAUCGAUCCAAUUCUAAAUCAAUUUUGAAUGCCAUAAAUCCAGAAGAAAAACUAAGCAUUAGUUCCUCCACUUCCACUUUAGGACUUGGGUGGACUCCAGGGAAUGACAAACUUCAGAUAUCAUUCCAGAUCCCUGACAAAUCAUCAAAGAGCUCUGUGGAGCUCUCCUGGCGGCUAAAUUAUCCAAAACCGUCGUCGAAUCUCUUCGAUGCUCGGUUUCGCGUCAGGUGCACUGGUGUGACUCCACAGUGGUUCUUGGAUGGCUUAAUACUAACUGUCGAAAAUUGA